GACCGAGGUGAAAGAGGCUCGGCCGCAUUCGACACCACGCGCGAGGCGAGGCUGCACGAUGAAGGCCAAGCUGGAUAUCCUGGCCGUGGCCCUGGGCUUCCUGGGGUUGUUCGGCGUGGUGGCGGCCACCGUCAUGCCCAUGUGGCGCGUGUCGGCGUUCAUCGGCGCCAACUUAAUCGUGAUGGAGGUGCUGUGGGAGGGCCUGUGGAUGAACUGCUACAACCAGGCGGAUAUCAAGAUGCAGUGCAAGGUGUACGACUCGCUGCUCAUCUUGCCGCCCGAGCUGCAGGCCGCGCGGGGGCUGAUGGUGGUCUCCAUCGUGGUGACGGUGAUCGCCUUGUUCGUGGCCGGCUUCUCCAUGCAGAGGAGCACCUGCUGCCAGGACAACGCCAGGGCCAAGAACAUCACGAUGGCCUUCGCGGCGAGUUUGUUCCUGCUCGCCUGCCUGCUCACGCUGGUGCCCGUGUGCUGGGUGGCGCACACCGUCAUCCGCAACUUCUACAACCCGGUGGUGGUGGACUCGCGCAAGCGGGAGCUGGGGGCAUCGCUCUUCAUCGGAUGGGCCACCUCCGCCAUCUUGCUGGCCACCGGCGGCAUCCUCCUGCUCAUCUACAGCAAGCGGCGGUCCAAGGAGUACGCGCCCUACACGAGCUCCUACCUGCUGGCCGCCAGGGACCCCGGGAGAGCCAGCAGCGUGCACAGCGGCAGGGCGCCGUCCAGUUUUCACAAGCAUCACGAAUACGUGUGAUGCCAGCCUGAAAACAGACAUUUUCGAUGUAUUUGCAGACCUGAGAUGAUGUCAUCCAUCGUAUGUAAAUCCUGCACAAAUCCUAAUACGACUAAUACUUUGAUAUACGAGUGACCUAAAUUAAGAUUUUCAUGCUUUGACUUACGAAAAAACAUUUGAGAUACAAGCAGCGUAUGGUGGCAGUAAACUUAACUCACUUAACAACAGGCAGCAGUUUGGCAGACAAAAAUAAAGAGACUUCAAAGUGUUUAUUGCCACUCCCAGUCGACAUUUACUUUCAAACUAAACAUCAAACAAAAAGAACUGAACCUUGUGCAUUUAAAGCCAAAAGGCAUAUAUUCUUAAUCCUCUGUGAAGACCGACUAAUAUUACUGUGGCUUACUUCGGAGUUUUGACCGACUCCAUGAUCCCCAAAGAGCGCACACCGGAAGGACCAGCACAAAGGCCAUUGAGUUGAAGUAAAAAAUAUGGCAAAAACUUGUUGAAUUAUUUUUUCAUUACUGUAUGUUUUUAUAAAGUACAAUAUUAUUUGCGCUAUCUAUUCAAACACACAAUGCAAAUAUUUGUGUUGUUUUUGUUUUUUUGGGGGGGGGGGGGGGGAGGCUGCAAUGGAUUAAUGGCAUUUGCAUCAUUUUUCAUUCAUUUUCAAUGGGGACCUACAAGGCUGGUCAAAUUAAACUUGUAUUUCAAGGCACCACUCAUCAUUUGUUCAUCAUUUUGACUGCAGAAAUCAAUUUAAAUGUCCUUUGUAUUUAUAAUUACGAUUGCACAAUUAAAUGGCUUUUUUUUUUAUGAUUCAACAAUGUUUAUUUUUUUGCACCCCCCCAAAAAAAUGAAAAGAAAGGUCACUGGUAGUUUGGACCUCCAAUGUUAAGUUUUCCAAGAAAAUAAAUGUGAAGUUCACUGAAGAAUUGUCCAUAGGUGAAAAAUUAGAAAAGAUAGCUAUGCUUUGUACUAUAUAUCGCAUUAUGAUUGCACUAAUGUGAAUGUGUUGUAACGUGUGAAUUGAAUUGUUGUUAUUUUUUUUUAUUAUUGUUUUUUUUAAUUGAACUCAAUAUUACAAUACAAUAAAAUUCAGUGGUGGUUUGGA